GCGCAGGAACAGGCACCCCGAGGAAGCGAAGAAGGGAUACAGACUGGAACUGAUGAUCGUCAGGCGCAAGAAGUAGAAGAAGCACAAGCAGCCCAACAGGAGGAACAGCAAGGCGAAGUACCGCGAACUGGAACGCAAUCAGACGUUGGUGGUAGUACCGACCACUCUUCCUCCACUGGAAAUAUCGGUUUGGGAACAAGUGCUGCAGCUUCAGCGGGGAAUACCGGCAACAGCGAUCCUGAUCAUGCAACGUCGAAUCCGAGUCACCACGGCGGAGUGGGACGUCAGCCACAAGCUGCUUCAGGCACAGGAGACGUCGAGCGAGAACGGACGCCGGAACCAAACGGCGACGGUAUUGAAACUCGUGGGUCUUCUACUUCCGGUGGUGCCUCAGAUCUGAAUUCACCAGGAAGAAGUUCCGGGACAGAACCGACUGGCGAAAACCAGCAACCGCAGCAUUUUACAACAAGUACGGGAACCGGAACGGCAGACACCGAUGGGACAAAUAAGACGACAUUUGCGCAGGGCCAUGGCACUCCAACUUCCGGAAGUACUGCUUCCGGUGGAGGCAGCGCCUCUUCAACUUGCUUUUCCACCGAAGCAGGAACAAACGACGGCACAAAUCAUGACUUACGGCGUGCGGACGCACUGCCCGCAGGCGAAACUCUGCCUAUGCGUUCUGCCGCUGGAAGCGGAUCAUUAGAUACUGGCGAAUCUCAUGCUCCCCCGGUGGCUGUGGAAGAUGCAGCCAGCGGCUGUCCCCCUGGAGGGCGAGAAGAUGCAGAGGGUUUGCGGACGUCUGCUGAUCCAAGUUGCUCGCUCCGCCCGAGGUCGCUCUCCCCGCCCCGAAGUGUCCGUCGUGGGGGUAGUUCGGACGCUGGAUCGAGUGGUCGGUCCGCUCGCGGAGGGGGACGGAGGGGGCGAUCUAGCUCGGUUGGUUCUACUAGUUCGAAAUCAUCUGACAGCGAUUCAGACUCAGAAUCCGAUUCUGACAGCACGGAAAGGCGACAAACAGGCCCAGGAGGUGGUUCGCCGCCGCCGACUCCGAGGCCCGACGGGAGUUCGUCCAGCACUGCAGUAUGGCGGCCGAGAGGCAAAGCAGCUGCAGCAGAGCCACUUGUCCCGGAGGUGGCCCCAGAACCAGUUUCGGAGGCAGACCUCGCAGCGCUGAAAACCAGGCAGGAGGAGGGGCAAAGCUGCGAAAGCCUGUUUUUGAAGGUUUUGGCUGAAUUUUUGGCUGAGCGACAGAUGGGCGACAAAAAGCCAAAGGAUUUCUGGAACCCAGAAAUAGAUGACGGCAGGGACUACCUGCAAGAAGCAAGAGAUCAAUUCGCAGCAGAUGGCGGAGACCUAGGGCAGACAACCGCACUUGAUCCGGACAUUUGGACGGUAUUUUUUUAUUCGCAAAAAAUUUGUAAUUCUUUUCUAUUUUGUCACAAAGUCGGGUUGAGAAAAUGAUGCAGCGGAUGAGUGAAAAUCCAAAAAGCAAGCAGAAAACCUCGUACUGAUCGCCAGCUAUGUAGUGUCUUGUCUAUGUAUGUAUGAUGAGUACUCCUGAUGCUCAGUAUGUCGAUGCUCCAUCAAUGUCGGAGCGGGUAUUUUUUGGUGUCAUAGUCUAGUGUGCUUCGCGAUCAUGUUUUCGCUUCGCCUCCUGGACACUUUCCUUUCCUUUGUACUUCCAGGUUGCAACGAUUAUGACCAUGAUGCCACACUGUUAUGGAAAUUUCCAUGCCUUCGAUUUGCGGGCUUGCGGAACUUGGCCAUCGUUGGAGAUAGUGGUGUAUGAAACGUACCGGUUGCAGACGACCCAGUGCCUGCCUACAGAAGACGAGCGCUUUUUCAAAGACGUGUUAAACUUCUUUCACGAGCGAAUUUCAAGCACCACGAACUCUGCGUCCACAUCUCUCGUGGUCUGGGAACACCCUUUGAUUUUGGUUCCAGAGCGGCUUGCACCG